UCUACACGCAGCACGGGGUUGGAAUUAAACUCCAGGUCAGGCGUCGGAAGUAGACUGCGCUGCAACGUGUGAGGAAAAUGGCGAAUUAUUUGAGCAAUUUAAAGAGACUGCUGCUGUUGGCACUGACCUUUCAGCUUUCAGUGUGUGAUCCAGUAGCCCAGUGUCCAGAGCCCUGGACUAGGUCCCAGAGGCGUGUGAUAGCUGGGGGCCCGUGGCCCGUCCGGCCGGGUCAGUCGCUGAGCGUCAGCUGCCCGGAACACUUCCGGCUCAACGGCACCACCGGCACCGUCACCUGCACCGGCAGCGGCCAGUGGAGCCCCUACUGGCCCCAGUGUGAGAUGGUGAAGUGUCCAGCCCUGGAGGUCUCAAGGGCAAAGCUCUCCUCUAAGCACAUGCGCUCGGGGUCGGUCGUCAAGGUGACCUGUCUCCCCGGAUACGUGACCGCUGGCCCAGGACCCGUAACCAAAGUGACCACACUGAGCUGCCAUAGCAACGGAACCUGGAGCCAGUCCACCCCAUCCUGUGUUCCUGGCUGUGGUCAUCCCCCGGUGAUUGUGGGGCUGCAGCUGCGUGAGGCGUUUGUGCUGCAGGAGGCGUUUCUGCUGGACGCGGCCGUCUCCUACAGCUGUGGUGUUGGAUACACACGCGCGGGAGGAUCGUCCAUCUCACGCUGCACCCGCAUGGGCUGGACACACACCCUGCUACGCUGUGAACCCAAGUCAUGUGGUUCGGCCGGAGAGAUUCCCAACGGACAAUACCUCUACAACAAGGGGGUGGAGUUUGGCAGCUACGUCUCUGCUGUCUGCAAUAAGGGCUACUAUCUGAUCGGACAGAAGACCCGACACUGCACCAGCACUGGAUGGGACGGCCGAGAUGCUGUGUGUGAACCUGUCCAGUGUGCCCCUCCCCCGCAGGUGUCGGGUGCGGAGGUGUCGGGCUCUGUGGACGGGCCUCACCUGUACAGCCAGGUGCUGGCGUACCGCUGCCCUACCGGCCACCUGGUGGGAGAGAGGGAGAUCCACUGCACCAGCAACGGCACCUGGAGCGCCCCCCCUCCACACUGCUCAGACAUGACGUGUCAGCAGCCCUCGAUGCUCUUCGGUUCUCGCACGUGGAACUACAAGCUGAACUACCGGCCAGGUGAGAGAGUGGGCGUGGCUUGCCAGCGCCGCACCAGGCUGAGCGGGUCGGCCACACUCACCUGCGGAGCAGACGGGAAGUGGGACCCACCUGUGCCCACCUGUGUGUGGAUCUACUAGAGAGGAGGCAGGGUGGAGGAGAUGGAGGAGAGAGAGCAGCCACUGCUCACCUGGCGUGACAUCAUCUGCCUCUGGCUCUGGUGCGGGCCAUAUUUGGGCCGGAUCCACUCAUGUCCUGCCAUCUCAGAGGGCUCCCUCUGCUUUAACUUGCACUGUCCCAAGUAUUUGCCUUCUUCUGAUCUACUGGUGUGAUAUGUUACAUGUAUAUAGGUACAUGCUAAAGCGUCCCCUUAGAAUGAUAAGGUUCUAUCUACGCUCUGAGUAGUUCUGAGACAUUGAGCUUCCAAGUCUUAGAAUUCCACAGUUAUACUGAUCAGUGGAACAAAACUUUUCACAUAUAAUGUCCAAAGAACUACAAGAAACACCUCACCUUGCCUCAGCUCACCUUCUUAAGGUGUCACAGAAUAAGAAAAUAUCAAUAACUCAUUUUGACAAAAAUGUCAGAGAGAACCUUAUAAUUCUAAGGAGACGAAAUGUGAAUCAUAUGAUGUUUUUUUAAAACAUAUUAUGUAUCUAAUUGAAUGAGUAUUUAAUUUCUUGCAUUUUUGCUUCAAUUAAAGGAAGUUCCACAUGAUGAAAUGUACGCAUAUGAGAUGUAGACAUCGUAUUGUAUUGGACUUCAUGGUGAAAUGUAUGCAUAUGAGAUCGUAGCCUAUCGGAUUUCAUGGUUGACCAGUAACAUGCAGCUCAUUGACCAUAUUUCUGGUGAAAUAACACUUGCUGCCUGGCCUGUCUUUGGCCACUUAUUGUAAAAGAGUUUGUAAUUUGCUAGUUUAAAAAUAACCAGAGAGAUGUAAGAAUAAAGCUAUGCUUUCAGAGAUAUGUUUAAUAUGACUUGUGUGUACAAUAAUAAACAUAUUU